AUGGUUGGCAAGCAUUCGGCCGAAAAGCCCGGCCCGCUUGGCGAUGUCACCGUGCAGGUGACGAGUCAACCAGCUCAUUGCAUAUCCGCGGGAGAUGUCUUGGAACAGCUUCGGUCCGAUGCACAAAGCGGACUUUCCGAAAGUGAAGUCUCUAAACGGCAAGAGAACUAUGGCGCCAAUGCACUCGAAGGAAGCGGUGGGGCGGGUCCCAUCCGCAUUCUGAUGAACCAGGUUCUCAAUGCACUCACAAUGGUCUUGAUCAUGGCUAUGGUUGCGAGCUUCGCCAUCAAGUCAUGGAUCGAAGGCGGCGUAAUCGCCUUUGUCGUCCUCCUCAACGUCGUGGUUGGGUUCCUACAAGAGUAUUCGGCCGAGAAGACUCUGGAGAGUAUCCGAACUCUGGGCUCACCCACCGCCCAAGUCAUCCGCAUGGGCUCGAGCAGAGUCAUUCCAACCUCACAGCUCGUCCCUGGUGACAUCGUUGAGCUCGUGACUGGCAACACAGUCCCUGCCGAUCUACGUCUGAUCGAAUCUGUCAAUCUGGAAACGGAUGAGGCGCUGUUGACCGGCGAGUCUCUGCCAGUUGCCAAGAACGCCGACUCUACCUUCGACGUAGAGACUGGUGCAGGCGACCGCUUAAACUUGACCUUCAGCUCGACCACAGUAACCAAAGGCCGAGCCAAAGCCGUGGUCUUCGCUAUUGGAAUGGAAACAGAGAUUGGCAAGAUAGCCAGCGCACUCCGUCACAAGGACUCCGUCGUACAGCCGGUGAAGCGUCGAGCAGACGGCUCGGCCGGGCCGCUUCAAUACCUGCAAGCAUGGUCUCUUACGGCAUGGACGGUGUUUGGCAAUUUCCUUGGUACCAAUGUUGGCACGCCACUACAACGGAAGUUGUCCAGGCUGGCCAUUCUCCUGUUCGGGAUCGCUUGCCUAUGCGCAUUUAUUGUAGAGGCAGCAAACAACUUUAGCCCUGCAAACGAGGUGGUUAUUUAUGGUGUGGCGACCGGCCUGAGUAUGAUACCGGCGAGUUUGAUCGUCGUCUUGACAAUUACAAUGGCCGUCGGUACAAAGUAUAUGAGCAAGAGAAAUGUGAUUGUCCGCAAGCUGGAUAGUUUGGAAGCCCUGGGGGCUGUUACCAACAUCUGCUCGGACAAGACUGGAACUCUCACACAAGGUCGCAUGAUUGCAAAAGCAGCGUGGAUUGCCGGCAAGGGGACCUUUACUCUUGACAACCCAAAGGAUCCGUAUGACCCUUCCAUGGGUACUAUCGUCCACCACGAUGGUGAGCCUGAGUCGAACCAAGCUGUCUCGAAAAAUGCUCAGAGGGUUCUCGAUGCGGCUCGGUUGUAUUCUGGUCAGGUGACAGCGGAGCACAUCAACAUAGAGACCUUCAUGAACGUGGCAUCCAUGGCAAACACAGCACUGGUUGAGCGAUCGAAAGACGGUAACUGGGCGGCCAAGGGCGACCCCACAGAAAUCGCUAUGCAGGUCUUCGCCUCGCGCUUCAACUGGAACAGGACGAGGCUCGUGGAUGAGGCCAAGGAGUGGAGCUUAGUAGCCGAGUUCCCCUUUGACUCGGACGUCAAGCGCAUGUCCGUCAUCUACGGCAGGAAGACCAAAUCUGGAGGACAAGACUCUUGGGUCUUUUCGAAGGGUGCCGUCGAGCGCUUGCUUCCCCUCUGCACCAGUUUCCAAGGCCCCGACGGCGAGCCCGUCACGCAAGAGGGUUCAGAAUGGACCGAUAAAAUCAUGAGGAACGUCGACUACCUCGCCAAUCAAGGUCUCCGCGUCUUGUGUCUUGCCAGCACGAAUUGGAAUGGCGGGCAGGCCGGUGGUGGUGGUGGUGGUGGUGGUGGUGACCUGGCGAGUCUCAAACGCGACGAAGUUGAGAGGAACCUGACUUUCCGUGGUCUCAUAGGCAUCUACGACCCCCCGCGUCCGGAGUCGGCGGGGGCGGUGGCCGCCUGCAGGAGGGCGCACAUCACGGUGCACAUGCUCACGGGCGACCACCCCGGGACGGCUGCAGCCAUCGCGAAGCAGGUCGGCAUCAUCCCGGCACGCCCCGAGACGUCCAUGGUCAUGACGGCCUCGCAGUUCGACAAGCUUUCGGACGACCAGGUGGAUGCCCUGGCGACGCUCCCUCGCGUCAUUGCACGCUGUACGCCCCAGACCAAAGUCAGGAUGAUCGACGCCCUGCACCGCAGGCAGAGGUUUGCUGCCAUGACCGGUGACGGAGUCAAUGAUUCGCCGUCGCUUGUGCGGGCGGACAUUGGUAUUGCCAUGGGCCAGGCGGGGAGUGACGUUGCCAAGGACGCCUCGGACAUUAUCCUCACAGAUGAUAACUUUGCCUCAAUCCUGAACGCCGUUGAGGAGGGACGGAGGCUCUUUGACAACAUCAAGAGAUUUGUGCUCCAUGUUCUUGCUGAAAACAUUGCACAGGCUACAACUCUACUUGUUGGUUUAGCCUUCAAAGAUGCCAGUGGUAACUCAGUGUUCCCUCUGGCACCCGUGCAGAUUCUUUGGGUCAUUAUGGCAACCUCAGGCAUGCCUGAUAUGGGACUUGGUAUGGAGGUGGCUGUUCCAGACAUCAUGAGCCGUCCGCCGCAUGAUCUCAAGACCGGUGUCUUUACGACUGAGCUCAUAGUCGACAUGGUUGUGUACGGCAUCUGGAUGUCGAUCCUCUGCCUCGCAUCCUUCGUCCUAGUCGUCUUCGGUUUCGGAGAUGGCAACCUCGGCGUCAACUGCAACAACGAGUAUUCUGAUUCGUGCACUCUUGUUUUCCGUGCCCGAGCCACAACGUUUGUCUGCCUGACUUGGUUUGCAUUGUUCCUGGCGUGGGAGAUGGUAAACUUCAGGCGAUCCUUCUUCCGCCAAGUGCCCAAAACCAUGCACCCAAGCGGCAACUAUCGGUGGUACCACGUCUUGUACCAGUGGUGGAGCGAUAGCCGGCAGAACCCUUUCCUGUUUUGGGCCAUCAUAGCUGGCUUCGUCACUAUUUUCCCCACACUCUAUAUCCCCGUUAUAAAUCACGUCGUUUUCAAGCACGAGGGCAUCACCUGGGAAUGGGCUAUAGUCGUGGUCGAGAGCAUCCUGUUCUUUGCCGGGUGUGAAGGCUGGAAAUGGCUGAAAAGGGCUUACUUCAGGCGCCAGGACAGGAAGAAAGGUGGCGUGAGCGACAUGGAUGAGAUGGUCAGCGACUCUGAUAGCAUCAUCAAUCAUCCCGUUGAUGACAGCGAGAGAGACAAGAAUGUAGCCCUCCCCAAGCUUGCAGGGCGCACACAGACGCAGCCAUAUGUGCUGAGAGCUGUGGCCGAGGGAGCUGGUGAUGUCAACGUUGCCCUGGAAGCUGCAUCUGCAUCGGGCAGUCCAGACGGCUCACACACCCCUGCCAAGCCUGAUUACGGUACGGUUAACCAGCAGCAGUUGACAGUGGUCUUGACUUUUUGA